AUGGCAACUGUGGUAGCUAAUCCACCGAAAAAGACUAGCAAUUCUAACAACCAAGCACCAACUGGCGUUCGUAAAAAGUCUGGACCAAAAUUUGAACUUUCUGAAGAACAAAAGAGGGAUAUUAAAGAAGCUUUUGAUUUAUUUGAUACAGAAAAUACUGGUAAAAUAGACACUAAAGAAUUAAAAGUAGCUAUACGCGCUCUAGGAUUUGAGCCAAAGAAAGAGGAAAUAAAAAAAAUGAUUGCAGAAAUAGAUAAAGGUGAUGGGAAAGUCUCGUUUGAUGAUUUUUUAGAUUUAAUGACAGUUAAAAUGGCUGAAAAAGAUACAAAGGAGGAAAUAAUGAAGGCUUUCAAACUUUUUGAUGAUGAUGAAACAGGAAAAAUAUCUUUUAAAAACCUAAAAAGAGUUGCAAAAGAAUUAGGUGAAAAUUUAACUGAUGAAGAACUUCAUGAAAUGAUAGAUGAGGCAGAUCGGGAUGGCGAUGGUGAAAUAAACCAAGAAGAGUUUUUACGCAUUAUGAAGAAAACUAGUCUAUAUUAG